AUGAUCCUAUCUUUCCUCCCAUUGAAAGAAGCUGGGCGAACAAGUGUUCUUUCUUCUCGUUGGAGAAACCUGUGGAGUUGCACCUCACAUCUCAACUUUCAGGACUGUAACUCGAUGGAGAACAUUAUCAGGGCUUCAGAAUUUCACAGUGUCAGUGUUGAGAGGGAAAAGUAUGUAAAGUGGGUGGAUUCGGUUCUCCAAUCACACCGAGGGUCCACCGUGAAAGAAUUAAGAAUAUGCUUUAGUUUAGUCAAAUCAGCCAGAAAGUCAAUUACGAAGUGGCUUGAAUUGGCUUUUGAGAGGCACAUCGAAAAGUUGGAGUUGAACCUUUCAGAUGGUGACUAUUUUCACGUCCCAGAUCAAACGUACGUGUUUCCUCAAGAGUUAUGCAGUUCAGACGGUCCUUACAAAUCUAGUAGACUUUUCAACUGUAAGUCCAUAAAAAUGUUGUCCUUGUGCGGUAUGCAAGUCGCUGGUGAAACUAUUGAGUUUUUCUUACGUGGCUGCCCAUUGCUCGAGCAGUUAAUUGUCCGCGACUCCUACUAUUUGACAGGUCUUGAAGUUUGCGGACCAUCCCUUGUAUUAAAGCAUUUGGAGAUAUGGGGUUGCCUUCAUUUAAAAUCCUUAAGAAUUUCUGCUCCGAAACUAACGUCACUUGUACUAUUUAAAAUAGAAGGCCUCUUGCUUGAGGACGUUCCAAUGCUUACUAGUGUUUAUGUGACCUACGGGGACUCUUUGACUCCUUAUAUCUAUGUAGAGAGAUUAAUUUCUACAGUACUUUGCCGUCUUUCCCAAUUGGAGAUUCUCACCUUUGACAUUUAUUGUCAGAAGGAGCUUUUAUCGAUGCUCAAAUUCCCCAUGAUGCCUAAACUUAAGAAGUUGGUCAUCAUUGAAACUUUACGUGGUGUGGACUCGAGUCUUCUUGGCGUAGCUAAUUUUAUCAGUGCAUCUCCCAACCUGCAAGAUUUUGAGUUAAAGGUUGGUCUUUGUAAAUAUUAUUCCUGCUAUCUCCAAAGCUGGGUUAAAGUUGAAAGGUCAAACAACGAGAUUCAGAAGGGAUUGAAGCACUUCCCACUGCACCAGCAUCUGAAUGUUUUUCGUUUUUUAGGAUAUUAUGCUUGCCCGAGUGACGUUGAAUUAGUGAACUACUUGUUGGAGAACUGUGUCGCGCUUAAGAAAAUCAUUGUUGAUACCCAAUCUCACCGACGCGUGGCCUACUAUACACUUGAUUCUAAACAAAUAGAAUUGGCUGAAAUAGCAAAGGGUUACGCAAAACAGCAGCUGGAGCCGCUAGUACCUAACCACAUUAGCUUAUUUAUAUGCUGA